AUGAAUCGUCAACCAUGUCGGUAUAACGGAAACCAUUCGGAAAAAGCGGACCACAACGAGCUGCUCAUCAUUGGACCCGAAGCGAACGGCAGUGUUGGUGGAGUAGGAUUUCUGGCCAAAUCGACAUCGCCUACCUAUUGGAGUUUUGAGGGCAUUUAUGCAGAGCGACUUGAAUCUGUCAUUGGAGCUUACGAUUGGCGUUUUUAA